GUAUGGUGAUGGAAGACUGAUUGCGGAGGGAUUAAGUAAGGAAUAUUUCUGCAAAUUACAAUGGGAUUUCCACCGUUCUGAUAUCACUGGUCCCUACAUGGAAGAUGGAGAAAACGGCACAGUCUGAUACAGAAACCGAAAGAGUUAUGAGUUACAGCUCCCUUCAGGGUAAUGUAGCGGAUGUAUUUACGUCCUUAAAGGAGUUUAUUGUCCUACCAGAAUAUCAUGACAACAUUAGAGGAGAGGUCUGUAUGAGUAAUAGGGAGGACAUCGGCAUACAAUUAGAUUCCAGAAAGAAUGAUUUAAUGAAGACAGACUGUGCAAUUGUAGUGGCAGGAGAAACAAGUGCAGGGAAAUCCAGUGUUAUAAACUUGAUAAUUGGGGAGGACAUCUUACCCAUGGAUACAACGACCACGGCAUACAAAAUAUGUAGAAUGAGGUACUCGGACAAAUUACAAAUAGCAACAUGUGACAGCGAGGGUAGACAUAUAGAAGUAACAGAGUGUGAUGACCGAGAAGAUAUGGCAGACAAGUUGUCAGGACUAGCCAGGACAAAGGAUGACAAAAUAAAAUACGUUGACGUUUGGCUUCCAGUGGACAUAUUGAAGGGCAAUGUAAUUAUUGUGGAUACACCGGGAAUAGGAGAUAAGGAUCAGGAGGAGGUGGCCGACAUGAUGAUGGACUACAUACCUAAUGCCCUGGCCUUCGUCUUUGUUGUUAAUGUGGCAAAUGCUGGAGGACUUCUGAGUGAUCGACUUGUGCGAAUAUUGGAACGUGUGAGAGGAUCCCUGAGUUUCGAUCCUAAAUAUGCAAUCUUUUUACUGAACAAGUGGGAUUCAAUGAAACAAAACCCACGGAAAUCAGAAUGGUUUGUAGAGUUAAAAAGGAAACUGCACGAUGCAUGGAAAGAUGUAGAACACGAUUACAUUUUAAAGUUUGCAGCUACCGAGGUGAAAAAAGAUGAUGCGUAUCAGAGAGAAUUUGACCAAUUCCUACUCAUCUUGAAAAGCAUUAUUGCAAAAAAUGGAAAUCAAAGGAUCAAAGUUUAUACAGGAUUUAUCAGGUCCUUUAUUGAAGACUGCAAUGCAGUUGUGGUCGACAAGGAAAACGAAGCAAAAAAGGAAACAGAAGACGAUGUCAAAAUGUUUUAUAAACUCAAAAAGGAAUUACAAGACACGGAACUCAAACGAAAGGAGGCCUUGGGAAGUAUUCCGCAAAUGACUGACGAUUUUCUUGAAGGAACUACAAUAGCUCUUCAUCGAUAUAUUCAUAGCCAAGAGUUCAAGACGCAAAUUCUACAAGACAUUGACAAAUAUGCAAGAUUUAAGAUUGGAAGCGAAAUCGAGUCUCGAAUCGAGAAAAAAACAUAUCGUUGGCAAAAGAAAAACAUAAUCAAUAUGUUUAAAAGAGAUGUUAUGGGAAAAGUUGCGGAGAAAAUUAUCGAUAUUCCUGAAUCACUACAUAGGAUUACAGACAAGGUGAAAGGAUUCACUUCCCCCUUUGAUGUCGAGAAUAAAAUCGGCUCUACUCUUGUUUCCUUCCUUGCACCCAGUGGAACGGCGAUUUUCGGAAGUAUCCUUAUGACACAAUUGUCCGUAAGUCGUAACGCUGCAAUAGCUGUCGCUGCAACAGGACUUGUUGGUGGUUUAGUAUAUUCAGGAUUAGUAGCGCUUGAUGUUCUGGAUGACGUUGACACCACUAUUGAAAAUGCUUACAAUGCUAGAGUAGAGCGGCUGACAAAUGGCAACAUUAAACAGUCUUUAACCAAAGCAUAUGCCGAAGGAUUGAACAAUAUACUGCAGAAUUUCCUCGAGGAAGAUGUGAAGGAGGAGAUAGAUAACCUGGAACGCCUUGUCGCAUACACGGGAAAGAGAGUAGAAUAUUUCCGAAAACAGGAGUCCGAUUUGAUUCCUCUUAGUUCUGAAAUUUCAAAAAUUAGAGAGCGCCUCAAUGAGCUUGAAAAUACUCAAGUAAAAAUGGAUUGAAUUUUGAAAGAUAGCUGAAACUAUUAAACAAUUGCAUUUGUGGAAUCUAUCAGAAACUUUUAUGAAAGGAAAACAAAUUAGACCAUCUAACGAUUAUCAUUAUUUCUCUUUAUAAGUGUGUGCGGGGUUUGCUAACUUUUGUAAAGAGGGGAUCGGUGAUAUCUUUGAUUUCAAUGCGAUUUAUUGAUGAUAAAUAUGAUAUGAUAUUAUACAUUUUUUUUUUAUAAAUCCCUGUAAAUUUCGUAAUUGUUAAGAAAUUCAUUUUUAGUACGAAUCUAUCAUUUUAUCUUUAUGCCAAAAGUAUCCCUGAUCAUCAGUUUUGAACAAAACAUCCCAACAAAAUUCCCGGUGUAGGGAAACCGUUGUAAAUCAGUGACUGCAAUAUCAAGAGAUCAGAUAUAAGCGAUGACUACCAUUAGUUAGUAUGUAAUGUCAUUCUUUUGAAGCCAAAAUGUGUACACGUUAUUCAGACUGGAUGGAAUUUCUUGGCAUGGUAUAUUCUGUAGAAUAUCAAAUAUAAAUAUAGUGGUUCAUGUUUUUGAUAUUUUUUCUACCCUCUUCAGGAGAGUAAUCUUCAAAAUAUCCGACCAUCAAAAUUAUAUGUAAAUUCUUAUCAACAUUUGUCCAUUGUCAUGGUGUUUGUUUAUUCAGGUAAAACACCCAAGUUAACAUAUUUGACCCUCUCUCUCGAGAAUAUUUCACCCAUAUGGAAACGUCACCAAGAUCGGUGAAGACUUUCAAAUUCUGGUCUUUGCUCGGUGUUUAC